ACCAGCAACCAUUGUCAACACUAUUUGGAAAGCAUAAAGAAAAAAAUGACUGGCAUCAAUACAGAGCUUGAGAUUCAGGCCCAUGCCCUCGUGGAUCGAGUGAUUGACAAUGCUCGGAAGCGGAUCGUCACUGAUCUAGGAGACACAUCCGAGAGCUUGAGUCGUCCCCUAUCUGAAAUCAAGACGUAUGAUAGCUUGCUAUACAGGGAGACAGAGGAGUAUGAGAUACCGAACAUAGAGUGGAUGACAAUUGAAGAAUUUAAUAUUGACCUGGGAACUACGAAGUUGGAUGAAUUUGUAAAGACCUGGGAGUACGACAACAGCUGGUUAUACUGCAUUGAUUUCCUGAGAGAGGAAGAUGACAAGUAUUGCAAGAAGUAUCGCUACCAGGUCCGAUGGAGCAUUCCUACCCGGAGAAAACCUGUCCCUCGAGCCACUGCCUGUGUGUACUUCACCUUAGAGGUCUCCAAAAUCAAACCUAAGACGUUUCCUGUAUCUGUAUACUAUGUGUUUGAGUCCAACCGUCUUGUUCACCAACCCGGUCAGUCCAGGUUCAGGGAUCGCUGGCUUAAAGACACCAUUGACACCAAGAUUCUAGUCAUGGACACCGUCACAUUCUGAAGAAACAUUAACAACAAACUCCAAAAGUGCAACAUUUUAUUUCUAAGGGACAAUUAUGACUACUACUAUAAAAAAUAAAUUAUGUUUUUAAAGGACAAUGUGACUACAGAUGUUGUGUCAGUAAACUUCUGUUGGAUACUGACAUUUUAAGGAAACAUUAAAACUGUAUAAGCAAGGUUUUAUCAAAAUAUAUCUUAAGGACAGUUGCGAGUAUGAAGGUCAUCUUAGCAAAUAAAAUUAAAAAUCCAUGCUCAUCACUCAAAAAAAAAA